AUGUCGUCACCAACAAACUCGACAUUUACGGAUUCAUCACCGCCCCGUAGAAAUCGUUGGAAGGGAUCAGCUUCAACAUGGCACCAAAUCACCGAAGAAGAACGUGGUCUAGCGGCUUCUCUGGAUGAACUCCGGAAUAGAGAUUUGAGUGUUCAUUUAUAUAAUGCUUUCGCAUUAAAGAAGCGAGCCAAAAACUUCAAUGCCAACGAUGUUCGUGAUGAUGAAAGUGAAGAGCGAGACGAAUCGAAUGGCUUUGUGCCCUCUAAAAAAUGGACUGCGUGGCCGAUUGAGGCGACGGAGGUGCCGAGGGAAGGCGAGCAGAUAGGCCCGGACGAUGGAGAUGAAAUGUUUACUCUGAGAAAAAAGGAAGUCGUGAAAUUAAGUAGGGAUCUGGAAGAUAUUUUGAUGGGAGUCACGUUAAAACAUGCAAGAGACAGAUUUCUGGCAAAAGAGACUGCCGAAGAUCACGGUGGGCACGCAGCAGGUGACGAUGCAGAGGAAAUGAGCAUUGAUGAACCGCAACAAGAGCCAUUAGACGACGUUCAAGUCGAAGGAGAGAGUUUUAGGGAAUUGUCGGAGCCACCUCAGCAGACAAGUAUCCUCCGACCCGUGGUAUCAGCUGACGACGAGCGCUCUCAAGAUUUGCUACGACCAUCCAUCAGGCAUACACUUUCCAAAUUGGAUGGUGUCUUGAUGGCUUUGCAUCAUGCACGCGAGACUUGCCGACAAUAUGCCUCUCAGGCUGAAUCCGACACAGAUGUAGAGUCUCGUUCACGCGCAACUAGUAUCGCUGGUGAUGAAACAAAUAAAGAUUCGUCUGUAAAGAAAGCAGUUGGCAGGCCUCGCAAAUUCCAAUCUAUUGACAGUCCACUGCAGGAGUCUACACCGAACGGGAAUGGUCUCGACGAUCCAGACCUCUGGCGAGCAAAGACAACCCGCCGAGGACGGCCGAAGAAGGUUUAUGAAAGAUUAGAAGGAGAAACACAACAUGAAUAUCUCACUCGAAUUGCCAGAAUUCAGAAGAAGCCACUACCUGUUUUCGCCCCACCAAUCGAGCCAAGAAGACCUACUACACCCAAAAGAGGAACCACGCCCCGCUCAGUAUCUCCUCAAAAGUCACCGAAAAAGCUUUCAGAAAACACACGCAAGCAAAUGCUAGGUCUUAGGGAUUGGAGCGAGGUACUAGGUUCUGCUGCAUUGGUUGGAUUUUCGCCGAAUGUCAUUGCUAGAGCUACGCAAAGAUGUGCAAAUUUGUUUGGGGAGAGUAUGAUAAUGAGAACUAUGGUCGAGGGGCCUGCCGCAAGCGGGAGAAAUGAUUUGGUUAAAGAGUAUCAUCCAGGGAUGAUACCGGAUUUUGAUGAACCUGGGGAAUCUGGAACACGUCCGGAUGAAUUCGGAGAAUUUGAAGAUGAAUCAUCGAAUUCAGCAUCCGAUACCGAAAAUGUAAAAAAUGAAGGAUCUACAACCGUAAAGCAUAGAGUUUAUUACUGCCCUGUUGCAAAAUGUCAGAGAAACAAAGAAGGAUUUAAGACAGCAGCCAAGCUAUCGAAUCACGCUCAGACCGAACACAACUUCUCGAAGAAAAAUCUCGACGCUCUUCGUGUUGAUAGCGAUGAGGAGAUGUACGGAGCAGUGCAUACGGAUAGAUUUCUCAAGCCGAUUACGGGAAAGAGAGGCUGGCGGGGUAAUGAUAGAGAGAAAAGGAAACGAAGGAAAUUGGAGAUGGGAAGGCCGAGUGGAGACCAAGUAUCCGCGUCAAGUGAGGAUGAUGUUAAUGGAGAUGGAGAUAAAGAUGAAGAUGAAGUGUUAAAUUCAUAUUCGGAAUCUGAAUUGGAAGGACAGAAUGGGGAUGAGAGUGAAGAUGAAGAUGAAGAUGAGGAUGAAAAGGCUAAUAGCGGUCGGUGA